GUCCAUCUGCAUGUAUAACAUUCAGACCGAAUGUGUCUCUAGCGCAUUAUAGCAGUGAUGUUUUUAUCAAACUGGUUAUCCGGGUCUCUCCCGAUCUUCGUCCUCGUUCUACUGAUAGCAGUAGCGAUCGACGUUGCUUUUCGGAUACUCUACAAUCUUUACUGGCACCCUGCCGCAAAAUUCCCUGGUCCUUGGUACUGUGCCUUGUCGUCGUUGCCGCUCUCGAUAAUAUCUGUCUUGCGAAUCGAGCCUCAAUGGCUUCUGUCUCUUGCGAAGAAAUAUCAUAGUCAACCAAUCCGCAUCGCACCUUCUAUGCUAUUCUUUCCGAAAUCGUCUGCUCUUAAAUCCAUCUACUGUGAGUCUGAAUUGAAUCAGAAGAUGAGCCUAUAUGGAACUGGAAUCUUGGGACCUCCUCACCUAUUCACUACAUUGGAUGGCGAUACGCACCGAGCUCUGAGAAAGGCCCUUGGCGGUUCGCAUUGGAAUAUCGGUUAUCUGAAGAACCACUGGGAGUCGAGUAUCGAUGAAUUAAUACAGCUGUUCAUUGAUCGGCUUGGCGAAAAUGCUAAAAGAAAGGAGAAGGUUGUAUUAGGCGAUAGAUCAGCAUGGUUUUCGGCUGAUGUCAUGACCAUGCUCUCUUUCGGUGAGCCAUGGGGCUUCGUGAAAAAUAAUCGCGAUGAGCGAGGUAUUCUCAAGAGUUGGCGACAGGGACUUGACUUGUUUGGGUUUGCCGGACGGUUCAAGUUUUUCCAGAACUAUAUUACACCCCUUCCUGGUGUUGGCGCAUUAUUUCUGCCGAAGACGACAGAUGUUGGGGGAAUGGGAUGGUUGAUGAACCAGGCCAUCAUUCAGGUCCAGACUCGGAAGCAGCAGACGGAGAUGAAUGCCUAUGGAGGAAAGCGGGAUUAUAUGCAAUACUGCCUAGAGGCUCGAAUAAACGGGAAACCUCUCACUGAUGUGCAGAGAGUGGCCCACGUCACGUUAUUGAUCCAAGCCGGUGCCGACACAACUGGGACAGGCAUUGGAUCCACGUUGCGUUUUCUUGUAUCGAAUAAAGAAAAGAUGAAGAAGGCAACCGCGCAAAUAGAAGCAGCAGAACAGGCUGGGAAACUCUCUACUCCAGUGAAAUACGAGGAAGUCCGUGAACACCUCCCAUACGUCGUUGCUUGCGUCAAAGAGGGACUGCGACUCAACCCUCCAGCAACGAAUCUCUUUGGGCGCGUCACCCCUAAGAAUGGGGCUAUGAUCGAUGAUCAUUAUAUCCCAGCUGGCCUGGAUGUCACUAGCAAUGCUUAUGUUGUCCACAGAGACACGGAAUUUUAUGGCCCUGACGCUGAAGAGUUUCGUCCUGAGAGAUGGUUGGAGAGCGAAUCACCCGCUAAGCUGGAUGCCAAUAGCUUCGUGUUUGGCAUGGGUGCCCGAAUUUGUUUGGGAAAGGAUAUUGCUAUCAUGGAGAGCUACAAAUUGGUCACUGAGGUUAUCCGCCGUUUCGAUAUGGAACUCAUCAAUGAGGGUAAAUUUGUUGUCGCUGGCGGCGUUGCCUAUAACAGAGACUUCUCUGUGGCUGUGACUCGCAAAUAGUCGAAUACGGACCACUUCCAACUUCGAAUGAGCACCUAGGCAUGUGUACAUUUCUAUACCAUACCAUGGCUUCCAUGCUUUCAGACGGUUCUUUUUGUUCCGUGACUUUGCGCGCAUGCUAGGAUGUAACUCGAGAGAUCAGGCAGCACACUAUAUUACACAUCAUUCCAUAUCUCAUGUGUAGUUAGGACUUUUCUUUGGACUCAAGGUAUAU